GGGACGAAAAAAUAGAAUCAGAUGACAUAUUGCACUAGAGAUGGAAAAAACCAAACCAAACAAAAAACAAAAAAAGUCUUCAACAAACUCGUACGUACCUGCCUAGGUCGCAAGGAACAAGAAAUCAGCCCACACUGUUGGCCACUUGACGGACGAACCCACAAGGAGUGCUACUAGUAAUGUUGGGGACCCUCGGAGGAAAAAAAAAAAAGUCUGCCCCCAAUUACCAACGGCUCCAAAGUGACGGUAGUGACACGAAAAAAAAAUACCACGAUCUACGAAUAUGAUUACCUGCAGGGAUGGUCUACCAAAAGCCGUGCGCCAAGGACGGCCCGCACUACUUGGCUUUCGAUCCACAACGCUUGGUCUCCUAUUCCCAUAAAGAGCCUCAAGCACCCGUUCCCAUCGUGUCUGGAAAUUUUCGGUUGAUCUCUCAUCUUGGAGGUCCAGAGUACUGACCCAUCUGCCGUGUUUCCCACCUGGCCCUUUUUUUUCAACUGCCCAUCCGGCCCGGGCCCUCAUUCCUUUCAGAGGCAACAGAGGCAACAGAGACAACAACCAGACAACAGCAACACAACAACACAACCAAAAGAACCAAGAAACAAUGGCCGAUAUACAACCCGCCCGCCCCAGCUCAGGGGACAAGGCCAAGGGCGCCGUCGGCGGCGACCACGUCGAGACCACCAGCGGCGGGCCGGCCGAGAAGGCGCUCAACGAAAAGGAGGCGCUCGAGUUUGCGCGCAACGGCGGCGACGGCGAGAUGAACAGCCUGAUAUCGAGCCUGGAGCGCGAGCUCGAGGCCGAGGGCGGGCUGAGGAACGGCUUCUUCGACCUGCAGUUCAGCAACACAAAGUACUUCAACUGGAUGAUCAUCGCCUUCGCCUCGAUGGGGGGCAUGCUCUCGGGCCUGGACCAGUCGCUCAUCUCGGGCGCCAACCUGUUCCUGCCCACCGACCUGGGCCUGAGCACCCGCGAGCUCAGCCUGGUCAACUCGGCCAUGCCGCUGGGUGCCGUCGGCGGCGCCUUGAUCCUGAGUCCCUGCAAUGAGUUUUUCGGCCGUCGCAUGUCCAUCAUGAUUUCCUGCUUCUUGUACACUGUUGGAGCGGCGGUCUGCGCUGGAUCCAUCAACUUUGGCAUGAUUGUCGCCGCCCGUGUCAUCCUCGGCAUGGGAGUUGGUCUCGAAGGCGGUACGGUCCCCGUCUACGUGGCCGAGACGGCGGAGCGGCGGAUCCGCGGCAACGUCGUCUCGCUGUACCAGCUCAACAUCGCGCUGGGCGAGGUGCUCGGGUACGCGGUGGCGGCCAUGUUCCUGCACGUCGAGGGCAACUGGCGCUGGAUCCUGGGCAGCUCGCUGGUGUUCUCGACCAUCAUGUGGGGCGGCAUGCUGUUCCUGCCCGAGAGCCCGCGCUACCUGAUGCACAAGCGGCGCACGCUCGACGCCUUUAGGGUGUGGAAGCGCAUCCGCGGCACCGACACGCCCGAGGCGCGCGAGGAGUUCUUCAUCAUGAAGGUGUCGGUGCUCGACGAGCAAAACGCCGUGACCGAGACGGCGCGCAACAAGCGCUUCCCCUGGAUGGACUUCUUCACGGUGCCGCGGGCCAGGCGCGCCCUCGUCUACGCCAACAUCAUGAUCCUGCUCGGCCAGCUGACCGGCGUCAACGCCAUCAUGUACUACAUGUCGGUGCUGAUGAAGCAGAUCGGCUUCGACGACGAAAAGGCCACCUACAUGUCGCUGGUGGGCGGCGGCUCCCUCCUCAUCGGCACCAUCCCGGCCUGCCUGUACAUGGAGAAGUUUGGCCGACGCUUCUGGGCAAACACCAUGCUGCCCGGCUUCUUCGUCGGCCUCGUCAUCAUCGGCGCCAGCUACCACAUCCCCAUCGACACCAACACCACCGGCGCCGCCGCCUGCUACCUGGUCGGCCUGGCCCUGUACAUGGGCUUUUUUGGCUGCUACGCCUGCCUGACCUGGGUCGUGCCCUCCGAGGUCUACCCCACCUACCUGCGAUCCUACGGCAUGACCACCUCGUCCGGCCUGCUGUUCCUGGCCUCCUUCGUCGUCACCUACAACUUCUCCGCCAUGCAGGAGGCCAUGACCCGCACCGGCCUGACCCUCGGCUUCUACGGCGGCAUCGCCGUGCUCGGCUGGUUCUACCAGCUCAUCUUCAUGCCCGAGACCAAGGACAAGACCCUCGAGGAGAUUGACCAGCUCUUUGAGCGCCCCACCAGGGAGAUUGUGUCGGAGAACAUGCGCAACCUGUUUGGCCGCAGGAAGAGCCGCGAGGAUGCUGCGGCGGCGGCCGUGAGUGAGGAAAAGGCCGAUGUUUAUGCUUAGAGGGAGUUGGGAGAUUCAACGUGAAAUUCUAGAAUAGCACUAGACUGCUCUUGAAUUAGAAGCUGAUGUGCGGCAUAUAGCAUUGUAGGAUGUUUUUGUAGACAUGUACGAAAAGUGCGCAAUUAAAUGUUUGGUAAUCUUGG